AUGCUGCUCCGCUGGAUCUCGACAGGCAAGCUGUCCGACCCGUACGACGAGUUCAUGGUGAAAGAGUCUGGGCACAUCACCAAGGGUGCGCUCGAGUCGGACUACACGGACGAGUACUGGGACCGGCGGUACACGCUGCGUGAUGGAAGCUCGCUUGCGUCCUCGUCAAAGGUGCAAGGCGCGAAGGCGCCGAGUCUCGGCGCUGCCCCGAACCCGCGGCAGGGUACGAACCGGCUGCCGGGCGGAGCGUGCAUCCCCGCGUUCCUGCAGCCGUGGAAGCACAAGAUUCUGCUCGCUGGCAAGUACCUGAACGUGAUGCGGGAGUGCGGCAUCGAUGUGAAGAAGGACGACGAGGAGGCGGGCAGCGACCAGCCGAUCGUCAUGAACGAGCCAAAGUUCUACAAGCGGAUCGAGGACGCGUACAUCUACGCAAACCGGACGCUGCUCAAGUUGCUGGUCGAGGAGCAGGAGCUGAUCCCGCACCUGCGGUCGCUGAAGCACUUCUUCUUUGCCGACCAAAGCGACUUCCUGACCAACUUCCUCGACCUGGCGCAUUCCGAUCUGACCAAGAAGAGCGCCAAGCAAGUGUCGAUUGUGAAGCUGCAGUCCCUGCUCGAUCUGGCCGUGCGCAACCCCGCAUCCUCCUCCUCAAACGACCCCUACAAGGACAACCUGAAGGUGACCAUGGCAAGCCAGGGACUGUACGACUGGCUGCUGAAGAUUGUGACGCACACGAGUUCGCUCGAGGACGGCGAGCUCGACUUUGCCCUGUCUGGGGACACAGGGGCGAAGGACAAGGAGCUCCUGGGCAUUGACGCGGUCACGUUCGACUACCAGGUCAAGUUCCCGCUCUCGCUCGUCAUCUCGCGCAAGGCGAUCACGCGGUACCAGCUCCUGUUCCGGUUCCUGGUGCACCUGCACCACCUCGAGGCGGGGCUGUCGGGCAUGUGGCUCGAGCACAAGACGCCUUUGUGGGGCCCGACGGGGAACGGGGACAUGGACGCGUGGGCGCGGCGCAUAUUCGCGCUGCGCGCGCGCAUGCUUGCGUUCGUGAGGCAUAUGCUCGCCUACGCCACGGGCGAGGUGCUCGAGAGCAACUGGCGCGCACUCGAGGCGCAGCUGGCAAAGGUGCAGACCGUCGACCAGCUCAUGCGCGACCACGUCGACUUCCUCGACACGUGCCUGAAGCAGUGCAUGCUGACCAACUCGAAGCUGCUCAGCGUCUACUCCAAACUGAUGCGCACGAUCUCGAGCUUCAUCGCGUACCAUGAUCGCAACUUUGUGGCCGAGAUGGAGGCGUUCCGGAAGGACCCCGUGCGGGGGAAUGACGCGGGCAAGGUUGAGCACCGCUGGAACCAGCUCAAGAAGUUUGAGCUCCACUUUACGCACAACACGAAUCUCCACCUCGACGCCGUCACGUACAAUGCUGGGAGCGAGAAUGUCGCCCUCCUCGCGCUCGUCACGAGGCUGCACCAGACCACCCUCAGACGAUAG